UUUAUAGUUAAACGCCAAUACCUUGCUAUAAUACAGGUAUAGAAGUAUCCAGUUGGUUUGGUGUUGCUAUUUUCGGGAUUUCUUUGGCUUGGUCGUGCGGAAGGAAAAUGCCUGAGAGGUCAAAAGAGGUAAAAAUAGUGCUUGACAAAAAAUGAAACCGGCUUUUCCUGUGUGUACAACAACGUUUUUCUUCAAAGGAAAUCUAGACCGUUAUCUUGGUUACAUAAUUACUCUAAAUGACAUGCUUGUUAAACACUAAGGUUAUACAUUACGCUGGAGCUAACUGUAGUUUUAAGAGACUGUAGGAUCCACACGUUUGUGUUUCCUGAGAGACACAACCAUGCCUCAAAUGGACCCAAAAGGUGAGCCAGAAGAAACCAUUAGACCCUCAAUUGGAGGUGAAGAUGGUGGUGGUGGAGCCAUAAUCCUCGCUUUGACCAUUUGCUCUGCAGCCAUUGGAGGAACUUUCCAAUAUGGCUACAACAUAUCCAUCAUCAACGCUCCUACCAGCUACAUCCAGACCUUCAUCAACGACACAUACAUGGAGCGAUGGGGCACUGGUUUGGAAAGUUCUCAGCUCACCUUAAUGUGGACCAUUAUCGUUUCAGCCUUUUCCCUCGGGGGUUUGCUCGGAGCCCUUCUCGCCGGUCCUCUUUCGGUCCGAUUUGGCAGGAAGAACUCUCUGCUUCUUAACAACGGUUUCCUGUUCGCUGGCGCUGUUCUCGUGCUCACUUCCAGGGUGGCAAAAUCCUUCGAGAUGAUCUUCUUCGCUCGCUUCCUAGUGGGGAUUAACUCAGGCGUCAGUAUGAACGUACAGCCUAUGUAUUUUGGGGAAAGCGCACCCAAACAUCUCAGGGGUGCUGUGGCUUUUUCCUCGGCUGUUUUCACUGCGUUUGGGAUUUUCCUGGGUCAAGUUGUGGGUCUCACUGAAGUUAUGGGUGCACAGCAUCUUUGGCCUUAUUUACUAGCUAGUAACGCUUUGCCAGGGUUGAUCCAACUUCUCACCUUACCAUGGUUUCCAGAAAGCCCUAGGUACCUUCUCAUCGACCGAGGAGACAAGGAAGCUUGUGUCAAAGCGCUUGGGAGGCUUCGAGGUGGCGUAGCUCCCAUUUUGGAGGUGGAGGAGAUGCUUGAGGAGCAGGAGCAGCAAAAAUCUGCCGCCUUGAACUCUGGAUCUUCUGCCAACAAGACGCCUUGGACUCUGUUUAAGGAUGCAGGCCUUCGAUCUCAGCUCAGGACUGUCAUGGUGGCCAGUAGCGCCAUGAUGCUCUGCGGCAACGACUCCAUCUACUUCUACGCUUACUACAUCUUCCUCGCAGCGGGGAUACCUCCACAGAUGAUCCAAUACAUCACCAUCGGCACAGGGGCGUCCGAGUUUACUGCGUCUAUCCUGAGCAACCUGCUGAUCGAAAGAGUUGGACGUAGAUACCUUCUUAUUGGAGGGUACAGUUUGAUGUCUUUCUGGAGCGUAGUUUUCACCGUUGCUCUGAACCUCCAGAGUCGAGGUGUUGCUGGAAUGGCGUACCUCAGCAUGGCUUGUGUUUUCGCCUAUAUCCUUAGUUUUGGUUUGGGUCCUGCAGGCGUUUCGGGGAUCCUACCGGCCGAGAUCUUUGACCAAUCGGCUCGUCCGGCUGCUUACAUGGUUGCCGGGUCUUGCAUGUGGAUCGGUUUGUUUUUGGUGGGCAUGCUGUUCCCGUUUAUCGUCAAAGGGUUGGGGGAUUUCUGUUUCCUGCCGUUCUUUGUCGUUUGUGUGGCCUCCGCUGUGUUUUUGGGGCUCACUUUACCAGAGACUAAAGGAAAGACACUGGCAGAGAUCACGGCAGAUUUUGAUGGAAGGAAUGGAAAGAAAAAAGAGUAUUCAGACGUGGAAAUGGAUGAACCCAUGAAGGAGCAGUACCAACUGGGUAAAGCUGCCUCUCUUACUAACCUAAUGCUGGAUCCUGAUAGUAAACCUGACCUGGAGAGUAUACAACCUCAAGUGAAUGUGUAAAAGAAGUGCCUUUGUUGCCUACUUACGCACUUUUAGUGAAGUGAAAUCAGAAGUGUCCUAUUUAUGCUGUGUUUUUAUUUAUGUGGUAAGUCUUUGGAAAGUAUUCCAAACUCCAGCAGAAGUGCAGUAGAGUUAAAGUAAUAUGUAAUAGUCAUUACUAACCCAAUUCUUGAAAUGUUUUGCAUACUGCCAAACUGAAAAAGAAACCCAAAAAUGGAGAGAUGAUUUGAAGUAAAUGGGGUCUGCCUUACAAAAUCAUAUCAAAACAUGUGUUUACAAACUCUUACAUAACUUAUGCAGUAUAGUAUAAGUCUCCAUAUUCACUCAUGUUCACUAAUUCACUAACACUUGCACUUUCAUUGAAACCAUAAUAUUUAAAUCACUUCAGUCUCGCAUGAACAGACUGAUUAUGUCUAAUAUAAAGUGAGGUUUAACUGAAAAUGUACGUUUGACAAGCCGAUCGACAUAUAUUUGGAUUUAGUUUAGCUGUCGUUCAAUUAAUGAAAACAUUUCUUAUUUUACGUUAUGUGGACUGACUGAUACAAGAAAAUCUAUAUUUACUUUUUUUAUAGCCGCUCUCUGUUAAUUAUCUACAGCUCGGUCAUACAAGACGGCUCUUUAGCAGCGUAACAGUAUGACUGUUAGAUUAAUAAUUGCCUUUUCAAAGGGGAGCGUUCUGUAUAAAUAUCAAUCUCCUGUGAAAGUAGAACAAUAGGUCUGUUGUAGUUAACUUUUAAAUCUGUACCAGCUACAUUUAAUUCAGUACGCCUUGUUAAAUCAGUUAAUCAUCAGUGUGAUUAAAAGGGGAACACGACCUAAAUUACAAAUCCUAUUAUGUAGCUACCAUGGUUAGGAAAGUCCAAUCGAUAUGUGUGAGCUUCUCUCUCUCAUAGCCAGAAAACCAGAGAAAUAAAUCUGUUUUCACGGACCGACAGGAUGUUUUAUUUAUUUAUUUAUACCCAAAUAAAUCAUAUUUAUUACUCAUAUGGUCCCCGAACAUUCUCCUAUGUCAUCUAUACCAGCUUUCCCAUCUUUAUACUUGAUGACAACACAUAUUUAAGUUAUAGCACGCUAGGAUUUGGAUUUGGGAGAGAGUGGUUUUUGCUUACCAUUAUUUCAGGACUUUCUUAGACCACGUAUGGAAAAAAUUGAUGUAGUUCCCCUUUUAAGAGAAAAAUAAAUAGCUUUUUAAACAUUAAUGCAUGUAAAUGGGUCAAAUUAAAGCCAUAAAAUACUAAUAUGAACCUUAAAAUGACCAUGUACUGUAUGGAAAAAAUUGAUGUAGUUCGACCUUUUUGAACAUAAAAGCAUGUUAACGUGUCAAAUUAGAGGCAUCAAAAUACCAAUAUGAUCCUUAAAAUUACCAUAAUAGGGUCCCAAGAAAUAUUCCCACAUCUUCAAAAACAAUUAAUACUUAAAUCAACUUCUUUUGCUAAUAAUUUUUCAAUUUUAUUCCCCUCAUAAACUUCUCAUUACGCCAACGGUUGGAACAACAUUUGGAGUUACGGUACCUUUGUGAAUUCAAGAUAAGACUUUAUUGGUGAUUGCAAGAUGAUUAUACACCUCCAACGUAGCAGCAUAUUCACAGUGAAGGUCUUGACAGUAAUACAGGUGUUAGCAGUAGACUGCAUCAUUUUGAUUGCAUGUGUUAAAGGAUUACCCACUCUAAUUCAACACUUCUGCACCGGGCAGAUAACAGUGCUUCUUUAUUUUUUUUAAUGUAAUCUAAUUAUAAACUCUGUUUGUGGGCUUAUUUAUCCAGCCAGUGAUCCAUGCUUGUGUUAUUUUACUGUUCAGUGAACCAUACGAGAAUUGAGUGGUGCAGGAAUGAGGCCUCAAACCCUGAAGUUAAUUAGCAUUUUAACACUUUGGGGUUCCCUCGUCUUAAAGGUUUUUGAAUGCAUUUUUGGUCGGAAAUAACAUCUGUGGUUAACGUAAGCUGAAGAGAAGUUUAUCCUACGACAUAAAAUACGUCAGUAAAUACCCCACUGGUGACGUGAAGUCAUGUGACCGUCUUUUAUAG